AUGGAAGUCUUCCAACGGCCUAUUCUUCACGUCGAAGCGCGUGUCAAAAACAACGGAGACAGCAUUAUCAUUCGCACUGACCUGAUUAGGGAAGAGGUCACAAAAUGGCUAGUUGAUAAUUUCGUCGUUCUCACCCUCGGACAGGAGAUAUCCUCCUUUGAAGGCCUGAGCGAGCCACAUGCUCAAGCCAUAGAUUCCGUGGUUGUCACCGACUGCUCUGGGGGAGAUUUAGAGUCUGGAGCAUAUAGACUCCAGCAAGUCAAUCUUGAUGUCCAGGCAUAUCAGCUUCGCACACCAUUCGAGCAAGAAAGCUCCCAACACACCCAGCCUCCAGAGGACUGUAUGGAGAACAAAGACGACGAUCCAAGAGCGAGAGUACUAAACCUACCGAGCAGAGAGCUGGACGGACUGUGGGAGUCGUUGCAGUUUGAUCAGCCCCUCAAGUCUACAUUGCUUCGUGCAAUAACCAGGAUGGUAUCGUUCUCUUCCCGAAAACUUAACAAAUGGACGAUCAACUGGAACAGAUUGGUCCUUCUAUGGGGCCCCCCUGGAACAGGAAAAACAAGCCUUUGCCGUGGUCUCUCUCAGAAACUUGCAAUACGCAUCGGGAAACAUUAUCCCCAAAGCAAGUUGGUUGAAAUAAAUGCUCACUCGCUCGGUAGCAAGUUCUUCGGAGAAAGCGGAAAAUUAGUAAGCAAGACCUUUGAGUACCUUGAGUCAUUGCUUGAAGAAGAAGAAGAUACAUUUGUCUGUGUGAUCGUCGAUGAGAUAGAGACUCUGGCAGCUGGGAGAGAACGAGCACUGGGUGGUAAUGAGCCAUUUGAUGCUGUGCGUGCGGUAAACGCACUCCUCACAGGCUUGGACAAAUUGAAGACUCAUGCCAAUGUUAUCGUUAUAUGUACGAGCAAUUUGGUCACAGCUCUGGACCAAGCCUUUCUCGAUAGGGUCGAUAUUAAGCAAUUCAUACCAUAUCUAUCCAACAGAGCUAUAUACGGAAUUUACAAAGAAUGUCUAGAAGAAUUGAGCCGGUGUGGGAUCAUCGAAGGGUCUUCGUUUGAUGUUGUUCAAGUGAACCCCGAGAAUCCCCAGACUGCACUACAGUAUGUGGAGCAGGCUACGGAGACUCUAAUGCUACCCACAUUUGAUGAAAUGCUUCUCAAUUAUCAGAUGUUUUCAAGCGCUGUUCCCAAGCAGCUUGGUGACGCAGCUUUGGAGAGUAUGAAUCUUAGUGGACGGACUAUCAGACGACUACCUGUUUUGUCUCUGGUGCUGUAUAGUAAGAGUGCCCGAUGUAAUAUUCGGCAGGCUGUUCAUGCCCUGCGUACGGGGAUUACCGUGCCCUUCCGGGGUACCGCACGGCAGUCUUUGAACAGAGCAUCCACGGUACGCACUUCUCCGAUAUCUGACCGUGCUUCUUCCUCCGCCGCCGGUACCGAAUCCGCCAGCUCCCCCUUCAACCUCACAGUCACUGCGUCUGUCGCAACCGCCAUUGCCGUCGGAUCCGCCGCCUAUCUCUAUGGCCAGGAAGCUUUUGCAUCGACCCCUGCUGAGGAAGGGUUGCACCCUACUAGCUACCCUUGGGAACAUGCCAAGUGGAACAAGACCUUCGACCACGCUGCCCUUCGUCGUGGUUUCCAGGUCUACCGUGAAGUCUGCGCCAGCUGUCACUCCUUGACCCGUGUCCCUUGGCGUUCAUUCGUCGGUGUUAUGCACACCGUCGAUGAGAUGAAGGCCAUGGCUGAGGAGAACGAGUACGACACCGAGCCCAACGACCAGGGCGAAAUCGAAAAGCGUCCCGGAAAGCUAUCGGACUACAUCCCUGCUCCUUACAAGAACGAGGAGGCUGCCCGUGCUGCCAACGGUGGUGCUCUGCCCCCUGAUCUUAGCUUGAUCGUCAAGGGUCGCCACGGUGGCUGCGACUACAUCUUCAGUCUGUUGACUGGUUACCCCGAUGAGCCCCCGGCUGGUGCCACUGUCCAGGAGGGCAUGAACUUCAACCCCUACUUCCCUGGAACCGCUAUUGCCAUGGCUCGUGUCCUCUUCGAUGGUGUUGUCGAGUACGAGGAUGGCACUCCUGCCACCACUUCUCAGAUGGCCAAGGACGUUGUCGAGUUCCUUAACUGGGCUGCCGAGCCUGAGAUGGACGACCGUAAGAAGAUGGGUGUCAAGGCUGUCGCCCUCCUUACCGGUCUCUUCGCUGUUAGCGUCUGGGUCAAGCGUUACAAGUGGUCUCCGAUCAAGACAAGGAAGAUUGUGUACAGCCCCCCUGUCUCCCGCCGCUGA